AUGUCUGUGCCUCCUAAGUUUGCUGGGCUCAAGCUACCUGGUGCAUCUCAAGAGACGCCCCAUACUCUUGAAAUGUAUCUUGACUAUGUCUGUCCUUUCUCGGCCAAGAUGUUCAAUACGUUCUACACGCUGAGACCAAUCAUCGCUGAGCGCUAUGGUUCUCGCCUCCGAAUUAUAUUUCGGCAGCAUAUACAGCCGUGGCACCCAUCGUCCACGUUGACUCACGAGGCCGGUGCAGCCAUCCUCAGGGUUGCCCCUGAGAAAUUCUGGGAUUUUAGUGCUGCACUGUUCAAGCACCAAGCCGAUUUCUUCGAUAUCAGCGUGGUCAAUGAAACGCGCAACAAAACAUACGAGCGACUGGCACAAAUUGCAAGCACCGUGGGGAUAGACGAGAAGAAAGUACUUGAUUUGCUAACCAUUAGCGAAACACCCGGUGACGAUGGGCAAUUGAACGUUGGCAACCAAGUGACCAACGAUAUCAAGUGGAUGGUCAAAGCGGAUCGCGUAGUGGGAGCCCAUGUUUCACCCACCAUUUUCUUCAAUGGAGUAGAGGAACGUGGCAUCAGUAGCAGUUUCACCGCUACCCAGUGGGAAGAAUGGCUGGCCAAAAACGUGAUUUGA